UCGCUCGCGGCCAGUCAAUUCGCCAUGCUUCUGCAUCGGCCGCGGCGCCGGCGGCCGAUCGAGCUGGCCCCGGUGAUCUUGCUCCUCCUCCUCCUCGCUCGGUAUGUCGCUGGCGCCGACGAGUUCUUGUACGCCGGGUUCGCGAACAACAGCGUGACGACCACCGGCGCGGCCGCCGUGCUCACCCCCUCGGCCAGCUCUAGUGGUCUCCUGCGGCUCACCAACGACACCAAGGAGGUGUUCGGCCACGGCUUCAACCCUGCGCCCCUCCGCUUCCGGGAUGCCACCACCGGCGCGCCGCUCUCCUUCUCGACCACCUUCGUGAUCGCCAUCGUGCCGCGCUACCCGGACGCCCACGGCCACGGCCUCGCCUUCGCGCUCGCGCCGUCGGUCGUCGUCCCGGGCUCCGUCGCCGGCAAGUACCUCGGCCUCUUCAACACGUCGGACAGCCUGGGAAACGGCACGAGCCUCAUCGUCGCCGUUGAGUUCGACACGGCUAUGGACGCGGAGUUCGGUGACGUGGAUGAGAACCACGUCGGCAUCGACGUCAACGGGCUGCACUCCGUUAACGCCAACCCCACCGGGUACUGGCGCGAAGAAAGCGCCGGCCGCAGGAGGUUCGAGAACAUCAACCUGAACGGUGCCGAGCCGAUUCAGGUGUGGAUCGAGUACGACGGCGCCAGCGCGCGCCUGGAGGUGACGGUGUCGCCCGCGGGGACCCCCAGGCCGGCCGUGCCGCUUGUGUCGUGCAACGUCAAUCUCUCGUCAUCCGUCGUGGCCGACGACACGUACGUCGGCUUCUCCGCGGCGAACGGCGCCGCCGCGAGCUCGCACUACGUCCUUGGCUGGAGCUUUCGCCUGGGCGGCGGCCGCGCCCAGGACCUCGACCUCUCCCAGCUCCCGAAGCUCCCGUCGUCCCCUGGAUCAUCAGAUAAGAAAUCGCCGCCGCCUCUGCUACUACCCAUGACGCUGCUCGUGCUGGCCGUCGUGGUCUUGCUCCUGGCGUCGGCGGUCGUCGGGGCGCUCUAUGCGCGGCGGCGCCGGCGGCAGUUCGCCGAGGAGGAAGAAGAGUGGGAGAGGGAAUACGGCCCGCACAGGAUCAGCUACAGGGAACUGCACGGCGCAACCAAUGGCUUCCGCGACGUCAUCGGCGCCGGCGGCUUCGGCUGUGUGUACCGUGGCGUGCUCCCGAGGUCCGGUGCCGAGGUCGCCGUCAAGGUAGUGUCCCAGGGGUCGCGGCAGGGGCUCCGGGAGUUCGUGUCGGAGAUCGCGAGCAUGAGCCAGCUGCGCCACCGUAACCUGGUGCAGCUCCUCGGUUACUGCCGGCGGAGCGGCGAACUGGUGCUCGUCUACGACUACAUGCCGAACGGCAGCCUGGAUCAGCACCUUUAUGGUAGGGCCGAUCGUCAGGCGGCGGGGCUUAGCUGGGAGCAGCGCGGCAGGAUCAUCCGGGACGUCGCGGCCGGGCUGCUGUACCUGCACGAGGGGUGGGAGCAGGUGGUGGUGCACCGGGACAUCAAGGCCGGCAACGUGCUCCUCGACGCCGACAUGAACGGCAAGCUCAGCGACUUCGGCCUCGCUCGUCUCUAUGACCACGGUGGCGAAUCGCAGACGACGCGCGUCGUCGGGACCCUCGGGUACAUUGCGCCGGAGAUGAGCAAGACCGGCAAGGCCACCACGAGCUCCGACGUCUACGCCUUCGGGGCCUUCCUGCUCGAGGUGGCGUGCGGCCGGAGGCCCGUGGUGUUCCACAGAUCGGACACCGAUGACUCGCCGCCGGGGCUCGUGGAGCUCGUUCUCGGGCACUGGAAGGCCGGGAAGAUCAAGGAGGCGAGGGAUCCGAGGAUGGGCGAGUGCGUCGACGAGGACGACCUCGAGUUGGUCCUCAAGCUUGGGCUGCUCUGCUCGCACCCGGACUCGCUGCGACGGCCGAGCAUGAGGCAGGUGGUGAAAAUCCUGGAAGGCGCCGCGCCGGCGCCGGAGAUGUCGCCGAAUGAUCUCGGCCAAAGCAUAACACUGUUUGAGUAUAGCGAGGCGUUCGACGAGUUCGUCGGCAUGUCAGGCAUAUCCUUCCCGGCGUCGUCCGAGAUGAUCACCAUGGCCACGACGCGGACGUCGUCCUCGUCGCCCUCCGCCGACGAGAAACGGCAGCUCCUGUUCAAUGAGUAGGGAUUGAUUUCCGUUGGAGUUUAGAUUCAGCAAAUAUAUUGGGAACAACCUAUAUAGCUCUUUUUCAAAUGGUGUGACGGCCAGAUUUUUCUAGA